AGAGGAGAGCAGCAGUGAACUCCGCGUCUCUCAAACUAACUGGACUUUAUCAUGGAUUACACAUUUAUUUUACUAUUAAGAACUACUGUCUAUGAAGUCUAGAGUUAAGUGUGGUGGAGUUCUUCCUCUUUCGGGGUGUGUGCGUUAAAGGAUCGGUGAAUAAUAAUGUUCCGUUUGUUGUCGGUGGCGGAGCGCGGCAGACAGAAGCAACGGCUCGAGCUCCAUGUGGCGGGAAUCUGUGAGCUCGAGAUGCUCAAGCAGCGGCACGAGACACGGAUCAUAAGCGCGCUCACGCUGCACGCCCCCGAACCAGAACCACACGGUCCGAUCCAGACUGCGCAGGACGACUCGAACCCGGACACCUCGUGGACUCUGAACAUUUUACGUCAUCAGGUUGGAGAAUUGAGGGUGGAUUCAGAAAACAGCUCAGUGGUGCCCCCUACAGACGGGGCAGACAUUCCAUCCAGCUCAGGGUUGUAUGAACAGACUGAGGGUCUGUCUCCUGUUGGCCUGUCCAUCUCCUCUGGUCUCAGUGAGAUCUCCCCCAGGACCCUCCGGCUCACUGAGAGACCAAAGUCUGUUAAUGAUGCAUUUGUUGGCAAUCAUGAGAUGGUCCAGAAUGGUCGUGUUCACGCAGGAAUUCCUCGUUCUCUCUCUGCACCAUACCCCCCACUUGAGGGUGAAGACGAGCUGUGGGCGUGGCAGCCCAGUGAAGGUGUAGUGGAGGAACGGACAGCAGAGGACAAUAGAUGGGCACAGCGUGUGGAAUCAUACAUCAUAGGAUUGAUCCAACGGCGCUCAGUACCUCUAAGACCCAAUAAGCCACGCACAAGUCUGGGACCCGAGAGCAGAGGUGUAGUCAGGCAGAGCAAUCUGUGUCGUAAAGACCCUCCGUACAGCCCGGAACGCCACAAGACCUCGCCCAGUCUCGAGAGACGCGUGUGGGCUUCCCACAGCUUGGACGAGGAGCAGCAUUCCAUGCAGUAUUCCAAGUCUGCACUGACCGGGAUUCUCUCCACCUCUCUGGAUUUUCCAUGUGGCACUCUGGAUCCCAGCAGCAGUGAAGCGGAAUUGGCGCAAUAUUUUCAUGGCUACCAACACGCCCACUCGCCGUCCUCUGACGAGCUGGUAAACGCCCAGUAUAUUCCGCCGCAGCCCUGUUGCGUUCAAGCCAGAGCAAAAGCGCACCGGGCGCACGCCACCCUUAAAGACGGCCACGGCGCGUACUCACCCGAGAGGGCCCCGACAAAGCAAAGAGCCGUGCCGAAGAAGUGCCGCUUCACGGAGGAGAAGAUCGUGCAAAAGAAACCGGGCCGCAAAGCCUACCGCGCCCAAUCAGAAAACAGCCUGCUGGGACAGCGAGGAGUCACAGAACGCAAAUAUUACACGGUCGAGCGGAACGUGGGACGAAACGCACAGCCCAGAGCGCGCUGUGCGCAAGGCGGCUCGGGCCACCGGCGCUGGCGCUCCACAUUGGAGUUGAGUCAAGAUGAGGCGGAGCCACUGGCUGAACAACCAAUCAGACGCUCCCGUAAAUCUCGCCCUGCCCCGCCUCCCUGCCUCUCAAAGCCUCAUGUCCGUGCCGAGUACCCGUUGCGUGCCCCGCUGUGUCUGCCGGAGGAGGGUUGCACACACCUGGUCCCAGGCGAAUCCGAGUCCAGUCUGAGCGAGGCAGAGUCGCACGGUUCGAGCUCGCUGUCCAUUGACUCCGAUGAGAGCGGUGGGUUAGUGUGGCCGCAGCAGCUCCCGCCACAGCUGGCACCGCCCUCUCCACCCAACCCGCCCGGAAGCACGCUGCAGCCCAAAGCCUUCAUCAAGAUCAAAGCCUCGCAUGCGCUCAAGAAGAAGAUUCUGAGAUUCCGAACGGGUUCACUUAAAGUCAUGACUACCGUGUGAGUGACGGGGUUUAAGGGGACACAUGAACACACACAUAAACGAUAAGGAUGGGUAAAAGCGAUCACGAAAACACAUUCAUUGACUGAAUUUUUUCCAGUCCAGGGCAAAGACAACAUGCGACACUGUGACCCCGUUUACAUCUAGUAUUAAGAGGUGUCUCUGUAUACUAUGGCUCGAUACAGAUUUCUUGAUUUGAUUUGGAUUCGUUUGGGUACGCUGCAAAAAUCAUUGUCUUACUGCGUAUUCUUGUUAUCUACUACAAAUAUCUAAAUAUUCUUAAAACAAGAAGAAUGUACUUGAGAAGCAAAUUGCAAGAUAUUACGUUUACGCUUAAAACAAGAAAAACUACAAUUGUUGCAAAUUAUUUAAGAAAAGAAAACUUGAUUCAAACGGAAAACUAUUAAUUUUAUGACCUAAUUGGUAAAGAGUUUUUUCUUAUUUUAAGCAUAAACCCACUAAAUUUACUUAAAAGACUUAAUAUCUUUCUAUCACUUUGCCUCUCAAUUAUAAUUAUUAUUGUUUUAACGUUUUAAGAAUUUUUAGGUAUUAUAAGAAUUUAUGGAAUUUCAAGACCUAUUCUCUGAAAACACGUCUAAAUAUUUUAUACUGUAUGUUGAUUCUCGUCUUGUUUUAAGGAUUUUUAGAUAUUUUAAAAUGGAAAAAAGACAAAAACAGUGUAUUUUUUUACUAAAUUAAACUUGUAGUUUUUUCCUGUAGUUCAGUGAAGUUAAUUUAGUUGCAUUUUUAAGAGAUGCGUUCAUCCUCUUUUCUUUAUUUUUAGGACCAUAUUUAUUAGGGAUGCACCGAUCCAAAUCCGAUACCGUGUAAUCAUGUUCGUUACUGUCAAGCUCCAAAAAUGACAUGAAAGAACCAUAAAAACACAUUUAAGUGAGUUCAUAUGACUCGUGCAUUUUAUUCAAAGCCACUUGAAGACGUGCGAUUUUUAGCUCUGUGAAUCACAAAACACGGUAUUAUAAUAAUAAUAAUAAUAAUAAUAAUAAUAAUAAUAAUAAUAAUAAUAAUAUAUAAAAUGCAGCUCCAGAGCGUCAGUGAAUAGCGCUGCUCUGUUUACACACACACACCGCUGAUAUUUUUAGCCUUCACGUGGUGUGCAAUAUUUGAGCGCUACUCCACGAACAACAUCUCAGAUGCUCAAUAGUUCGGUUCACUUAUAAUAUACAUUUAGAACGGCACUGGAGGAGCAUUUGACCAGAAUUUGAAUUAGAAGCGAAUUAAACUACUGUGAACUAACCCACAAACAGACACAUACGGGACGUCCCGGAGACUUCAGAAUGUCAAAAUAAAAGCGUGAGGGGUUAAAAGUUAAAGGUGCAUCCCUAAUAUUUAAUACAUCCUCUUAACUUGAGGACACAAGCUGAUUUGUCAGUUAAGAGCGAAUCAUUAAUUGCCAGAAUAGUCAUUUCAUUCUUUUAAUAAUCAAAAUAUUAGGGAAGCCUCUAACUUAAUUUAUUCAACAUAUAAUCAUCACGAAGUAAACUUAAAAGUACAAGGUCGAUCUUGGGAUUUUAAGAAUCAUUUUUGUCCACUUCAUUCAGGGGUCAGAAACGCCUUGUGUCCUGAUGUGUCCCGCACAGCAAUGUAGCACCGCCCACUUGCCUGUCAAUCAAACACUGCUCUAAAACAAGAGCUUUAAACUUUCCCGGUUGCAUCCAGUUGAGCUCAGCUCCUCUGAUCACUAAACUCGUACUGACACACUGUUAACAUUGUUGUGUGCGUGUAUGAUGAUGUCACCGCUGUAAAUGUCUGUAUUUAUGAACUGUAAAUAAAGACCUGAA